GGGCCCGGUGCCCGCGCCGAAAGUUGCUUCGAGGCUGCCCAGAGCCUCUCGCAGCGGAGUGUCGUUGCGGUUUGCCGCUGCUGCAGAGCCAGCCCAGUCUCUGGCGGUGGGUGACUCCGGGGCAUCUCGAGCGGGUGGCAAACCGGGAGGGCAGAAACGACCCGCGCGUGUGACAGAGGAGCCCCGCUGCCCGCCGUGCCAAGAUGAUGGCGUGCACCGAGAUGCUGACGAUGUGCCUGCUCUCCGCCAAGCACGCGUACAGCCCCAAAGCCAAGGAGUCCUCGCCGCACUUGGGCCAAGGACUGGCCAUCUUCCAUGAUAUUUUCCGACGAGCUGACAAGAACGAUGAUGGGAAGCUGUCAUUUGAAGAGUUUAAGAAUUGCUGUUCUGACGGUAUCCUGAGUUCUGAAGAACUGUGGGAGGUAUUCAGUGGCAUUGACAGGUGUGAUUCAGACAAUUUGGAGACUGAAAAAUUGUGCGAUUAUUUCUCAGGACAUCUGGGAGAAUACAGAAAUGUUCUGUCUGCUUUGGAACAGCUCAACAUUGCUGUCCUGUCAGCCAUGGAUAAAACCAAAAUGGAAUAUGAGAACUCCUCUAAGAUGGAACAGUUUAUGACCCGCUUUCUGCUACGUGAGACAAUGAACCAACUGCAGUCCCUGCAUGUUUCACUGGAAUGUGCUGCAGACACCAUUGAAGAACAGGCUGGCCGGGAAAGGACUGAUGUGAACAAAUCAGAAGUGUCCAUUGGUCCACGCUCUGUGAAAAGAUGUGGUCGUAGGGCUCAGAAGAACAUCUGCUUAUCUCCUACAGAUCCUUAUUCAGGGAUGCUGACCACAGGUAUUUGUGUGGAAGCUGACAGCCAGUGGACAGCUGAGAUGAAUCGGCUACAACAGCUCAUUGGGAAGCUGGAAUGUCAGAGUCCAAGGCUGGAGCCGCUGAAAGAGGACAAUGUUUGCAAAGGAAGAGACUCUCACAUCCUGGUGUCACAAAGGGAGAUAUCAGUGACGGAAAAUGGAUUAGAGGCAUUUCGCCAAGCUCUUCAGUCCUAUACAGAAACCACAGCCGAACAGAGCAGCUGCCUACAUGUGUCUGCCCACAAACUGACAAGUGAGGCAUGCUUUAUCCUCUAUGAGUUCUGGCAAGACGUGCCUUCAUGGAGAAGCCAUCUGCAAUCUAAUUGCUGCAAGAAGUUCCAGCGGAUCCUCACUGAUUUAUUGGAUUCUCCAGAACUCUUAACCACCAUGUUUUUUCCAGCUUCUUGGUGGAUCAUGAACAACAACUGAUCCCCUCCGCUGCAUUUCUACGAAGCAACCAGCAUGCUGACGGAUCGAGUGUUACCUUUAAAAGGCAGCCUCCUUUCCUGGGUUAUUCUUCUCCAUCCCAACUGCUUCCAUGCCUCUUUCCUCCUCUAUAUUCUUGUGCAAUGCUUGUAUCUUCCUUUCUUUGACAUCUGUAAGAAUGGGAGAGUACUUCUGAAUGCACCCUGCCAUCAUUCCUGAAUGUUAUUUGCACUCCUCUACUAUUUCGACAUAGAACUUUCACGCAGAAUGAUGACAUAGUUUUUUUAGUCUUUCAGGUUAUACAAAUGGUGUAAGGCAAAAGCAUGAGGUGAGAUGAGAUGAGGAUACAAAACCAUCCGUUGAAGUGUGAUGGUACACAAAGGAAGCAUAAUUCUGAAGGGCUGUUGUACAGCUGUGAGUCUGAAGUUGUAAUGAAGAACCAAACUGAGAGUUUGUCUGUUAUUAUUGUACAAAGCUCUAGAGACUAAUUAAAGAAAAGAUAUAAAGAUUUUGAGGCAGUUGUGACCAGUGUUUCCGACCGUGUGCCUCAAGCUAUUAUGGUGUGCUAAGGAAAUGUCUACCCGUGAGAGUAAAAAUGAGAAGAUAAAAAGAUUUCUUCAGAACGUAUCAAUACUUUGUGUUCAAGCCUGUGUGUAUUCUGUGAUUCUGCAGAAGCACAGAGAAAUCAUAAACACAGUUGAGUCUAUAGUCUGAGAAACAGAUACUGUGUCCAUAGUGUCCAAUUUCUUGUGGCUUGGAUGGUUUUAAAAGGGAUUAAGACAAAUUCAUGGAAGACACAUCUACCAGUAGCCAUGGUGGCUGGACAGAGGCUAUGUCUUCACAUGCAGCAUGCUGUUGAAUUCCCCUUGACGAUGGGCAAACAGCACCUUCAUGCCAUGUUUGUGCGUUUCCUUAAGGCUUCUGGUUGGAGACACUAGAAGCAAGAUGCUAGACUAGCUGUGACAUUAAUCUAAUCAAGCUGGAUACUGUUCAUAUGUUAAACAUGUGAAAUCCACCUUCCUUGACAGUGUGACCCUUUCUGGGUAUCAUUUCCUGUUAAUUUAUGGGUACAUAUGAACAGCACCUUAUUUAUGAACUGUGAAGCAAACAAUAUGAAUGCGGUUGAUUAUAGCCCAAGAUUGGCUAGUAUCUGUGUUGUUGGCAAACCAACACAGGAUCUGGUGGCUGCACAAACUGGUUCUCAUCACAAAUAGGCUGCAAAAUAGAGUUGGCAUUAUACAGCAAUAAUCACUUCACAAAUAGGCAAGACAGGCACUAAAUUGUUGUUAGGGCAUUAUAUUAUUUUGUACCCCUGUUUUAUACCCAUGAAAUUAGUCCAGAUUCCCCCCAGCCACACAGCAGCUACAGGGAGUGUUUUAAAAAAAAUAAAAGAGAAUACGAAAAGGCUUGGGAGUCCACUGCAGGGGACAAAGGACCCCUCGUCACACCCUCCCAGCGAGCCAUUUCUCCAUGAUGAAACAGUGCUGGGCAGGGGAGAGUUAUUUCUCAAUUUCUGCUGUUCCACAUGAAGUACUUUGUGCACACGAGCAGCAACAAUCAGAAAAUAAUCCCUCCCAGGCCUGUUUAGGCAUGGGAAAAUGGCUUGGGUGGGGGGGAGAGGAGCUUCACCCCCCCCCCCCCAGGGGCCUUUCCUUAACCCAUUUAAAAUUUAAAACCAUUUAAAAUAACCCCCUUUACUUUUUGGAAGUCAUUAUCUUGCAAUUGUUGUGGGGCUGCAGGGAAACUGUACCCAAUUCCUUAAAGUCCGAAGAUAUAGUUUGGCCCUGAGUUUCAGAGAAAUUACAAUUGUAAUUCCCUUUUCUUCUGGAUAUUCUUCUUCUGGAUGGGUAUUCUGGUUCUGACCCAAUACGUUCACACACUUUUACAGAAAGUGGGGGCAGUAGGAGGUUUGUGGCUAGAAUAUAUUUAAUCAUUUGACCCCCAAAGAACAAGACAGGAUGCUAUCUGAAACCGCUUAGACCAUGUCUGUUUCACAGAGUUAAACUGGCUUUAUAUUUAUUCUAUUUCCUGAGACAUUUUGGGAACUGUAGUUCUGUGACAGGAAAGUAUCUAUUACUGAGAAUUCUCUGCACCAUCAUUAACUUCAAUUUCUAAAUCAUUCAGGGGACUCUGUAACAGUUAAACUGCUAUAAGGCCACCAUAAGUUUUGUAGUGUAGUCCCCUGUGUUUCUACCUGAUUGCCAGUACCUAGUCAAGCAACACAUAUUAUUUCUGUUUUAAAUAAAACGAACCUUUCAGAGACAUGAACAAGUGCAUGUGUUAUUAAAAUAAGAAACGAAAUUCUCUGAAAUGGUGGUUUGAUGCUUUGCACUCUGCAUAUAUUCUUGUGAAUAGUUUUCUUACAAACAGGGAAUGGAAAGUUUUGUUUUCAACAUGAGAAAGCAAAAGAUCAGCCCAAGGAGAGAAUAGAAACUUUAUUUUAUUAAUGCUUGGUUAUUUAUUAUUCUUUUAAUGUAUAUGCAAGGCUAUGUGUGUAUUAAACAACCCAAACAUGACUAUGUUCUCCAGUUUCCCUGUCUCUUAAUAAACAGUCCAUUGUGCUGCUCUGAAUUGGUUAG